CUCUCUCUCUCUCUCUCUCCUUCACUAUUGCCUGCAAAAGAGAGAAAGCAGGGAGGCACAUUAAAAAUCACAAGUGGUCGAAGCCUACAAAGGAGGACAAAUUUAUUGACUUUUCCGGAGAGAAAAGAGGUGAUGGCGGUGACAGUCUCCAGAGAUCUGAUGGUGCACGUGCUGGAGGAUGUGAAUGCUGUAAAGCUGACUGACAGACAGCAGGCUCUGCGCACUGCCAUUCAGAGAGGAGAGCCCAAAUGUCUGGGGGUUAGUCAGGUGAUGCUGGGUCUGAUGGUUAUGUCCUACUCCAUUCCUCUGCACUUCACUGAGCUCACUGAGGUUGUCAGCCUGGGAGUUCCCUGGUGGAGCGGCCUGACGUUCAUCACAGCAGGAGUGGUCGCUAUCAUCUUGGACAAACACAGCACUAUGAAGAUUCUGCAGGUGUGUUUGAUGGUGAGCGUGGUGUCCACUGUGCUGUCAGUGGUGGCUGUGAUCAUAUACUCUGUGGAUAUGGACAAGAAUCCUGAAGUUCUCUGUUUGGAAACGCUACAUGACAACUGUAAUGUGAAACACUACGCCACGAGGCUGAGCAGAGGAGUGAAGUCAUCCCUCCUUCUCUUCACUCUGGCCCAGACAGCCAUCUCUGCCUUCCUUUGCUUCCUUCUCUUCAGACAGAGACGCAGCUUUGGACAGUAUGCUUCUCUCACUCAGGCUGCUCCAUCCAGCCCCCAAGCGUUCAUACCCCCCAACCUGAACUGAUCAAUCAUUGGACCAGUAAAGAUGAUGGAUCACCUCUCAUCAAGACAACUGAUCAGCUGUCAUUGUGAUGGGAAGUUGAUUGAACAUCUUUCACAGAGGUGAUGGAUCACCUGUUGUAUAGAUUGAAUUUGUCUAUCUACUUGUCUAUCUAUGACUUAUCCACUGUGCUACCUGACAUGUUGAGGAGCUGAAGAGCCUCUGCUUUCAAAUGUUUCUUAAAUCAAUGUCUGUCAAGACCUGAAUAUUAGAUUAUUGGUACACUUCAGCCAAAUGAUUCAAUUCUUAAUGAACAACAGGGCUGCAAUAAAAGAAAAGACAAAAAAAAUGAACAGAGGUAAUAUAAAUUAAUAAACAUUGGCAUAAUAGUUCAAAUAUGACACUGACAAUGAAUUAAGGGGGGUUGAAGAAAGGCAGAAAAAUUAAAUUUUGAUACAUGAAGAAAUUGUGCAUCCAAGUGGUAUAACCAUGACUUUUGUGGCCAUGAAAUGUGAAAAUGUAUUCCGAUACUGGUAGCAAACUUUCCGGGUGGUAAAGGACGCAAAGUGUAGCCAUCUGUGCAGGAAGUGGUGGGCAUUUUUGUGGGUGCAGGCUCACAAUGCACCUGGGGCAGAGAGGGAGAAUCUGUCAUAUGUAUACACAAAGUAACUGAUUUCAUGAUUGCAAGUUUCCUGCCCCUGUAAAACACACCUGAACCACCACCAAUCAAAUGUACAUUAAAAGCUUUGUUGAGGUCACCUGUUUAUAAUCCAUGUGUGAUAAGUGAUGUUAGGUUAAUUAUACCUGUAUUUGGAAUGAAUAUCAAACAUCUGGUUAACCAGCUUCUUCACAAAAACUUCAAGUUAACGGGGUGUUCUACCAGUCACGAAUGCUUCUCUGCAGCAGGCCCUGAGAGGCUUUUUUUUUUUUUGGGGGUUAAAUGAACAAGUACAAAUACAGUGCAGGGAAAUUCUGGUAAACCUGAUGCAGUCUGUAAGAGAGCUGCCACUUUGGAGAGGACCUAUUUUACAUCAAGACAGUGAGCCCAAUAUAAAUCCAAAGGUACACAGGAGUGCUUUCAAAACAACACCAUUCAUUUGACAAAACAAUCUCAGCCUGAGAUUCACUUACUGGCUUUUCCGGUGCUUUCAACCAUAUCACAUGGUCUUCAUCAGUGGAUGGAGUUUGUUCUUGUUAACAUGCAAGGUCAGUAGUUCAGAUGUAUCAGUAUCUUCUGAUGAAGAUAUGGUUGAAAGCAUCUAAAAAAAAAGCUAGUAAGUGGACUAUGAAUUGAAGUUUUUUUCAAAGUAAAGAAUGAACUUUCACUCUUUACAAUGUAAAUGGCAAAGCCCAGACCUUGAGUCCAGUAUUGGUAGCUGGCUGCUUACUUACAGUCUCCAGCAACAUCUGAGUAGAUAUGUCAAGAUCAAUGGAUAAAAUAGGGUGCCCACUGGUACAAAACUGAUACAGACUUAUUUUCAUAGACGUAAGACUGGAACUGCCGCAAGUAGUGCCUCCUCUAAAUAUUAACGUGAAUGAGAGGAAUAGUUGUCACUUAUUUUGGUAAGGUACUGCAGUGCACAGAGUAACCAAAACACCAAACUAGUGCAGGUUAACUGCAUGUGAGAAAUAAACCUCACUAGAGUUGAGGAAGAAAGCUGACUGCAGGUGAGGAAGAAACCUGACCGCACUAUCAAUGCUGCACUUUGCUCCAUAUGCCCACACUGACAGAGAACCCUCCGAUUUGCCUCCUGUUGAUUUGAAAAUGUUUUCAUGCUGUAGUUGCAGUUUUUUGUUUUUCUCUCUCAGUUUUGGAACAGUUGUGUGUAUGGCACAAAGUAUACAGUAUCAUGUGCACUGUUUUUAUUUCUAUAGACUUUGUUUACACAGUGUUAUAAUCUAUAUGUCCAUCCAUUUUAUUUUAUUUUAUACAAAAUAAAACCAUAUAUACGUAUAUAUGAAUUUAACCCAUGGUCCUAUAAGAUACAUUUUGUUGAAUUUACUGUGUGUUAGUGUGUCAACAGCAGUUUUUAAAACUUAUAUGUGAUGAACGUAUAGUGAUAUUAAAAAAUUCCAAGAACCUGGGGAAAAGUUGUUGGGGGGUAAGCAUUGCCUGCGAAUAGACGGAACAUAUUGUAUUUGCAGUCUUGCUGAAGGGGAGAAAAGAUACUGUUUGGUUUUAGAAUGCAUUCUUUUAUGAAGAAAGUGGAGAGAAUGGAAAAUGUGCAAGUAUUCUUCCAGUUUUAGCAAUUUCUGCUGACAUACUGUAAAGACUGGGCAAAAUGACAGGUUCUAAAAAAAGACAAAAAUGCAAAGACUUGAUGCUGAAUUUCACUGGGUGUGAUUUGUUCACAAACAAGACUACCUAUGACUGAUCACACAGGCUCUAUAAAGAGUAAAAAACUUUGCUCCUUCAUUAUGCUCUCUCUAUCUCCAUAUCUCUUUCUGUUCAGGGAUCUGGUUCUAGCCCUGUCCCAUUCAUGACCUCCUCUUGAUGUCUGUCCACAGAGCUUUCUUUAUCUCUGUCUUGCUGAGUAGUAAGUUGGGGUGUCUGCAUGAAAAUUUAUCAGUACUCUGUUCUGUUAUUUUUCUGCCUGCUGGAAAAGAGUAGACAAAAAAUCUGAAUGUUUGAUAAAAUCAGUGUUGGGUGUUAAGUUUGAACUCAACAGUAUAACAUGCACCAUUUUAAUCAAAGCAGUCCACAAGGACAAGUGUCAGACACCUUCAGAGUACCAGGCUGAGACUGUGGGAUGGUUAAACAGUCUGUUUAUCUACAGUCCAUGCUUGUCCAUGUAG